GACUUCUUCACUCACCCACCUCCUACCCCAUCAAUCCAUCAACUCACGGUAAAACCUUUCGUCGUCGCUAGCUGCGUGUUUCCUUCUGGGCAUCAUAAGAAUACAGGAUUAGCCAUACCCUUGCUACAAAAUCAUUUGAGACUUGAGGGCGUCAAUACCACCUGCUUACGAUCAAGAUGGCAUCGACAAACAACCCGAUGAGCUCGUCCACCCCGGCACCUGAUGUCUCCAAGACGACCCUACCCAUGUCAGGCCUCCUCUGCGACGUCUACGGUCUAGAGGAGCUCAUCGCGAAGCAGGCCUCGACCGUCUCGUGCCUGUGGCUGCACCACCCACGCCUGCGCGCCAAAGAGGACAUGGCGGACUUCGCGAGCCGGGUCAUCUCGCAAUGGGAGCAGACAUCCGCAUCCGAGUCCACGCCCGUCACCGGAAAUAAGGCAGGCGGCGGUGGCGGCAGAGCGCUCAUCGCCGUAGCUUUCGACCAGCAGAACCACGGCACCAGGACCGUGUCCUCGACGGCGAGCGACUCGUGGCGCGAGGGCAACGCGACGCAUGCGCUCGACAUGUGGGCAAUGGUCUCGGGCAUGGUGAGCGAUACGACGUCGCUGAUCGACGUCGUCGAGGGGUACUUAAAGCUGGAGCUCGCGCGGAGGGGCGCUGGCGCUGGCGCCGGCGCCGAGUGGGCGAUGGAUCAGCACCUCGUACUGGGCGUGAGCUUGGGCGGGCACAGCGCGUGGCAGACGAUGUUCCGGGAGAAAAGGGUAUCGGCUGGAGUUGUGAUCAUCGGGUGUCCCGACUACAUGGCUCUGCUAUCGGACCGCGCGAAGAAGUCCAAGCUAGCGACCUUCUCGGCGUCCGACGACGGCGCCUCGUUCCUCGGCAGUAAGGACUUCCCGUCGGACCUCGUGGCGUCUUGCCUGCGGCACGAUCCCAAGGGCAUCCUCUUCGGCACCGGCGCUGUCCCGGCGUCGGCGGAAGGCCUCCCCGAGGAUGAGCGGCGGCGUCUCGGAGGCAUUUUGGACGGUCUCGGCCUCCGACGCAAAAGGUUCCUUGUGUGCUCCGGCGCCGAGGAUAAGCUGGUCCCGUACAAGAUGUCGGAGCCGUUCGUCGAGUUCUUCGCCGGGGCGGCGGGCGCGUGGUACGCCGACAGGGGUGUGGUGGUCGAGAACAAGGUGUACGAUGGCGUCGGGCACGCGUUCAGCGAGGGGAUGGUGGAGGACUCGGUCAGGUUCCUGGUCGAUGCUGUUGCCGAGAAGGAUGGCGGCCAGGGGGGUGACGAGAGGAGGGCGAAGAUUUAAUUUGUCCGUAUCGUGGGAUCACGGUGUAGGCCCGGCAAUCGACUACAAACUCUUGGCGAGUUAGAUGGAGUCUAUGCUAUAUGCUCGGUUUUAUGGUCUAUCUU